UUGCGAAUUAACGGAAACCACCUUGCAGCCAGUAUCUUUUGUCUUGUUUUCCAUCUACCCAAUCCCACCUCCAACGAAUUAAGACUACACUAUGUUCGCUACCGCAGUCUCGAGACUCAGCUCUCGGUUCCAAAUCUUGCCUAGACCAAUUUAUCGACGUACGCUGGCCACAUUGGUUUUCGGCAACAACGCUCAUGCCGAAAAAUCCGCGUCAACCGCGACUUGGUGGGUCGUAGCCGCGUUGGGAGGCUUGACUUUGACUUCCAAAACUCUUCUAGACAUCAAGAUUCCCCGCGGUGGAGAUGUGAUUGCGGCCGGAACGCCAGUGCAGGAGAAAGCAACCGGAAUUCUUUUCCCCCAGCUCUGUAACGGGUAUUACAUUGCAGGUUGCGGAGUCCGUGUCAAGUACGGAUUUGUUAAGGUUUACGCAGUGGGGUCAUACUUUGACCCACUCGCGAUGAGUGCAGUGAAAAAAGGAAGCCGUGAAAGUAUGGAACAAGCCUUGCUGGAUCCCACGUAUCCUAGAACUAUUCGUAUCGUGAUGAAUCGAGGUUUGUCCAUUGAAAAAUAUACGUCUGCAAUCGUCGAGGCCUUGGAACCACGAAUGAAGGGACAGGACCUUGAAAAACUCGAGGAAUUUAAGCAAUUGAACCCAGCGGUUGACCUCGUUCAAGGUGCUGAAUUGGAGAUGACUAUCCGUGGGGACACCAUGCUCUACAAGAAUGCGGUGGGUGGUGUUGGAACAAUUCGCUCUCGUGUUUUCACUGAAGCGAUGUGCGACGUUUUCUAUGGGUCCGAUGCUGUUUCGCCAACGAUGAAACAGUCCGUGCUCGAAGGGAUUCCGAAUUUGUAGUGAUUCUUGCGACUGGACGUUUUUUCGACGUUUGGCCAGGCUUCAUUUCGAUGCUUAUCUCACUAUCAGUCAAAGAACGCCCUUUCAGCCAAACAACAAACGGAGCUAAAAUCUAGCCAGGCUUCGC